CGGUGGCACUGAAACAGUGAAACUCCAUCGCCACCCUCCCCAUUUGGCAUUUGUCUUCAUUUCCCAUUUCCCCUGAAAUUAUUGGGAGUCUCUAUAGAGAGAGAAGCUAAAGAGCAGAUAGCAACUAGAGAUACAUUCAGGGUGUGACCUUGGAUCACAGGAGAACACAGUAAUCAAAAUCCACCCAAAGACGACGACGAUGUGGAGAAGAGUACUCUCUUUACAGCUCAAAACCCUAGCCUCCCACCGAUCUGCUUCCGCCGCCUCUCGAUUCGCUUCCUCCAAUCGAGCAUUCAUUUCCCCAUCGCCUUCCGCUUCUCUUUUCCAUCGCUAUUUCACUGCCGAUGCAGCAGGUGCUGCUGUGAAAAAGAGGGUUGAAGAUGUAAUGCCUAUUGCUACUGGACACGAGAGGGAGGAGCUUGAAGCUCAGCUUGAGGGGAAGGAUGUUCUUGAAAUCAACCAUCCUGUUGGUCCUUUUGGCACAAAGGAAGCCCCAGCUGUUGUCAAGUCCUACUAUGACAAGAGAAUUGUUGGUUGCCCUGGAGGUGAAGGAGAGGAUGAACAUGAUGUUGUCUGGUUUUGGCUGGAGAAAGGCAAGCCUCAUGAAUGUCCAGUGUGCACACAGUACUUUGCGCUGGAAGUAGUGGGCCCUGGUGGACCUCCAGAUGGACAUGGUGAUGAUGAUCAUCAUUGAUCACAGAUUUUUGGUUCUCCACUUGGAAUAAAAUUUGGGAAGAUGAUGAGACAAUUUCCAGUAUAAAAAUGAAGCAUCGAAGUUCGGAAGCUUAAUAUCUUGUUUGUUUCUCAUUGGUGCUUUUUUUAUCUUUGUGGCUGUUGCUUUUGCAACAGAUGGGAUGGUAUCUUUUUUGUGGUAAUGUAGACACAGAUUGGUCAUCUGUUGGAACGACAGAUUUUGCUAGAUUUCGUUUAAAUGGCGUUGCCAAAUAAUCGAUGGCUACACUUCUAUUCUUUCCUGAAACUUCUUGAUGUUAGUGUGAAAGAGAAUCAUAGAACUUUUUCCUUAGUAUUUGCCAUUUUACACUCUGUUAUUGAAAUACUUAUUUUUGGAA